AUGCCACCACCAGCUCAGAAAAACUUCCACACCGCGAAACCAGAAGAGUCUACGGCAAUUGACCGGUCGAUACCUGAAUUUGCAGCAGCACAAACGUCGGAUGAGGAUGAUUAUUUCGCCAACCAUAGUCCCCCAUCGUAUCUACCAGAAAUAGAACAGGAAUUGUCCAAAUUCAUCAGUCAUCAUCAACACCAUACGCAUAAAAAGAUUGCCUUGGUGACUUCAGGAGGUACUACUGUUCCAUUGGAGAAUAAUACCGUUCGAUUCAUUGACAACUUCAGUGCUGGUACUCGUGGAGCCACAUCGGCCGAGUAUUUCUUGGAGAAUGGAUAUGCUGUCAUUUUCUUGCAUCGUGAAUUCUCAUUGUUGCCUUAUUCAAGACAUUAUAGUCAUUCAACCAAUUGCUUUCUUGAUUUUAUGAUUGAACGUGAUGGUAAAAUUGAAAUCAAUCCUAAAUUCAGUGAUGAAAUGUUGCAAGUUUAUCGUAAAUACCAUGAAGCCCAGUCAACAAAUUCAUUAUUGUUGAUUCCAUUCACCACGGUUAAUCAAUAUCUUUAUACAUUGAGAACUAUAUCGGAAACAUUGAAAGUUUAUUCCAAUAAGGCCCUCUUUUAUUUAGCUGCUGCCGUCUCAGAUUUUUUCAUUCCUCAAUCAAGAAUGCCGCAACACAAGAUCCAGAGUUCAGCAACCAAGGACGGAGAGUUGGUAAUUCGAUUAGCUCAAGUGCCUAAAUUCUUGAGUCGGUUGGUUCUGAACUGGACUUCAGGAGCCAUGAUUAUAAGCUUCAAAUUGGAAACCGAUAACAAUAUAUUAUUGAAAAAGGCUAAAAGUGCAUUGGAGAGAUAUCAUCAUCAAUUGGUGAUUGGCAAUUUGUUGCAAACGAGGAAGAAGGAAGUAGUGUUUGUAAGUCCUCAUGCUAAAGAACAAUGGGUUCGCUUGACCGAUGAUGAAGUUAAACUGGGAGUUGAAAUUGAAAGUAAAAUGAUACCUGCAGUUAUUAAAUUACACGAUGAGUGGAUCAAUGAAACAAAGUAA